AAAUUACAAUUUUGAAGUUUAUUUUUUGAAAUAUAUAAUAGUUUUGCGAAUUUAACCUUUUCCUCAAUUAAACAUAUAAAAAUAUAAACAUACAAAUUUCAAAAAGAAUGUUUUUGAAUAUUUUAAAAUUGACAAAUUUGGAAUAGUUUGCAGUUGAGCUAAGAUUGAUAAUGAAGUUAUUAUUAGACGUCAAAAAAAAGAAUUGUCUUAAUCAAGAAAUAAUAUUUCUCGUAUAAUUUACUUUUCGUAAUUAUUAAUACAUUUUUGUUUGUUUUUUGUUCAUUCCUUAUAAUGCCAAAAAAUUGACUUUCUGCACUUACUACAUAAUGUAUUAUUUUAUUAAAAAAUUAUUUUUUUAUCAAAUAUUUACUACAGAAUAAACAGCUAUUUGUUUGUUGUAUUUAUCUCUUGCGAUAAUAUUAAAACAAUUUAAGUAAAUAUUUACAUGAACAAAAUCAGGAAAAGAUAUUUUAUUUUAUUGUAAGUGCUAGGCAAUGACAUUCGAAAUUGAAAGCCAGUAAAUCUUUAACGUAAGAGAAACAACAAUAUUUGCAUGAUAAGAAUGUUUUUGAAGAACGGCGAAAGGCUUUAUCAUCGUCUCAAGAAAACUGUCAAUUGGUACAAAAGAUAAAUUGACGUCUGUAUCCACGCACUUUAAAUGUUAAUAACUACGUCGUGUCGUACGUACAGCAACCAGUCAUCGACGUUCUCGCGCGGUGCGUGCAUCUUCUCGCCAAACAAACUAUUCAGUUAACUGUUUCUAUUUUCAAUUAGAUAGAAACUUUAACGACAAUUAUAACAGUGCAAUAACGUAAUUAGAAAUUUUGCGUUUCACUUCUUGCAUUAUUAAAACUACUCUAAGUCAAGUGUCAAAACCUUUCAUCAAUUCGAAACAACGAUUGCUGGAAAGCAGAAGUUAUAAAUCAAAAACUUGUUUUUUUUUUAUUAACUAAUUCAGGGAGUUCUGUGACAAUGGAACCGUCUACUUUACUUCUAACUAUUCUGACAGCGAGUAUUUGCUUAUAUUAUUUUGUUCUAAGCAAAUUAACAUAUUUCAAGCGACUAAAAGUUCCGUAUGUGCAGCCUAUUCCGUUCCUAGGUAAUAUGGCUCCUUUCGUCUUCGGACGUAUGACUCUUUCGGAGCUGCUACAAAAAGUAUACAAUCUCUUCCCAGACGCAAAGUAUUUUGGUUUCUAUGAUUUUUCAAGACCUGUUUUCGUUAUCCGUGAUCCAGAACUAAUUUCUACAAUCGCCAUCACACAAUUCGAUCAUUUUUGCGACCAUCAUGGUUUCGUGAACGAAACCCUCGAUCCAAUAGCUAGUAAAAAUCUUUUCAACUUACAAGGAGAUCAUUGGCGUGAAAUGCGAAAACUUCUUAGUCCUAGUUUUACAUCCAGCAAAAUGAAAAUGAUGUUUGAACUUAUAAAUCAGUGUGCCGAGAAUUUUACCAGUUUUGUGGCAACAGAAUCUGGAAAAACCUGCAAGACAUAUGAUAUGAAAGACAUACUUUCUAGAUACACUACCGAUACGGUAGCCACGUGCGCAUUCGGCAUAAGUGUGGAUUCUUUUAACGAUCCAAACAACGAAUUUUCCGUAGUUGGCAGAAAAUCAAUGCGUUUUGGAGGACCCUGGGUGAGCUUCACGUUUUUCAUGCAUAGAAGUUUUCCGCUACUUGCGAAUUUUUUCAAACUGAGAAUGUUUGGCCCCAAAAUAGAGAAUUUUUUCAAAAAUAUUGUUACUAAUACUGUGAAGUUUAGGGAUGAACAGGGAAUUUUUCGUCCAGACAUGAUUCAAUUAAUGAUGGAAACCAGAAACAAAAACAGUGGACUUGUGUUUGACAUAAACGAGAUGACCGCUCAGGCUUUUGUUUUCUUUCUCGCUGGAUUCGAUACUAUAUCAACAGCCAUGUGUUGGAUGACUCAUGUAAUCGCUGUCAAUUCUGAUGUUCAGAGUAAAUUAAGAGAGGAAAUCGAUAAUGUCCUUAUAAAGACCAACGGUAAACCUACCUACGAAGCCAUUAAUGGCAUGAAGUAUUUGGAUGCGGUAGUAAACGAGACUCUUAGAAUGUAUCCAGUAUCAUCUUUUCUUGAUAGAAUAUGCACCAAAGAGACCGAAUUGCCACCACCAACUUCGAAUAGCCAACCAAUCAGAAUAAAGCCUGGAGAUAGCAUAUGGUUCUCGGCUUUAUCUCUACAACGUGAUCCAAAGUAUUACCCGCAUCCAGACAAGUUCGAUCCAGAAAGAUUUCUUAACGGCAGUGUGGAUAAUUCAAUCUACAUGCCAUUUGGUAUCGGUCCAAGAAUCUGUAUUGCCUAUAGGUUCGCCCUAAUGGAAGCAAAAGUCAUGCUAUUCUAUCUGCUUUGGCGUUGCGAUCUCGAACCUGAUAUUAAAACCAGAGCGCAUCCUGCAUUGAAGAAAAAAGCUUUUAUGAUGGAGACAGAGGGAGGCUUCUGGUUGAAGAUACGUGCGAGAAAGUCAAAACCUCCUGUUAUACAAUGUUUAUCAAACAAAGUUGAGAAAUAGUAAUUUAUUUAAAGCAUGGAAUUAUAUAUUUAAGAUU